GGCUGCACUGGACCACACCAGCCAUGUUUGCUAAUUUAAACCCCAAAGGUUCGGGUUUAGUUGUUUAUUAUUUAUCGCUGUGUCCAUCUCCACCUUUACAUAUCCGCUAAAGACGAAGGUUUUUAGAGGCAGCUGUGCCUUCGCGAUCCAAAAGGACUGGAAGAUGGAGGCAAAUAAUCAUUUCAACUAUGGCACUCACUCCUCAGCAAACUCAGGACUGAAACACUCCUCAGGGGAUUCUCUUUAUACUAACGGGUCCUCCAUGAGUUUUCCUCAGCAGGGGAAGAAUAUGAAUGGCGAAAUGAAUGUGAAUGGCGUCACUACUGUACUCGGGUCCGGUGUGCCUGGUUCCCACCCACCAACUGCUCCUUACCCACACAUGAGCAACCACCACCAGAGCAGCAUGGGCUAUGACUACUUGUGGGGAGGACACCCGCAGUAUAGUCCAGGCAUGGGCACCUCUCCUGGGCACGGGAUGCACCAGAAGCAGCCUGCACCUGGGAUGGUGCAGCCUCAGUCACAGCACCACUUCCAGGGUCACGGACAGUACCAACUGAAUGGUGGUAUCGAAAGCUCCCACCAGCCGCCUGUGGCAGGCCCACCAAACAUGCCUCUUACUGGGAGUCAGUACUGGAACAGGAGUAACCCUGGCCCGCAGCAGAUAAGUUAUAAUUCCCACAGUAUGUAUGGGACCUACCAGAGUCAGGCACAUCCUGGGAUUACACCGUCACAGCAUCACCAGCAGCAGUCCUUACAGCCGCCCCCACAUCAGCCGUCACAGCAACACCUCCACUCCCACCGUCACCCACCCCAUCACCACCAGCAGCACCAGCAACCACAGCAUUAUGGCUUGAUGCCUAAUGGGAUGCCCUACUACCAGCAUCAGCCCCAGCACCCGUCCCUGCCGUCUACCCAGCAGCAGCAGCCACCACAGCAGUCUCAACCUCAAGGUCAGGCUCAGUUGAUGCCCCCAGCUGCCCAGAAUUUUACUCCUCCACGUGGCAGCCCACAGCACCACAGUUUAGGCAGAGGGGGUACUAGCAGCCCUCUCCCUGUGGGCAUGUCCUCGGUACCAAUGAUAUCACCGUCAGCCGUGCAGGAUAGUGGAUCACCUAAGAGCCACAGCAGGGAAAGGAGCCCCCAUGCUAGCAACAUGGCGAUGUCUACUGCUGUACAAGGGCAUGCGAGGGAAGCUGCCAAGGAAGUAGACACAAGCUAUAACGGUAUGGAAAGGGCACCUGUUGCUCAGAGGCUAUCCAAACCUUCUGCGGGACCUGCAAGUGAUUAUCAUGAGCAUUCUGAAAAUCCAGCAUCUCAGCGUCCAGAUAUGGCUUCCCUUGUCAGAGAGCCAGCAGUGAUGAAUACACCUCCCCAGUCCGCGUCAUCUCAGCUCUCUGCAUCUACAUCACCUGCAGCAUUGUCACCGUCUCUAAACAAGGCCUCAACCCCUCCUCGGGCCUCUGCAGAUCCUGCUGUCUCUGGAUCUCCCAUAUCAGGCUCUGGGCCCCCUGUAGUUUCACCCCCUGAUGUAGAAUCUAAUCCACCACAAAUCACAACACCUCCCAAUGUGUUGUCUGCUUCAUCUCCAUCUGCUCCUCCUAGACUUUCCUCACCUCCCCUAAUGAUGCAAGGCCUCAGGCCUCCUCCUUCUGCUGCAGCUGAGAUAACUCCUGCUGGAUCCAAGCAUCUGUCAGCGGGGUCUUCUUCCUCCUCCCUGCCCACAUCACCUCCAAAGUUGUCUACACUUCUAGGUUCUGCUUCAUCAGAGUCUGUGGCUCAUCAGAACAACUCAGCAUUGCCUCCUACAGCUUCUGGUCCCCCCAGUGCACCCAUCUCAUCCCUUCAACAGAUGGUUAUAGGGUCCAUGACAUCUUGCCUUCCUGAUGUAUCUGGAGCUCAGCAUGAAAAGCCUGGAGCCCCAAAAUUGAUGUCUGCCUCUUCAUCAGUGUCUGACGCAUCUGUGAGUGCAAAUUCCUCAUCGGCUGGUGUGGCUCCAUCUCUAAUGUCAAAAUCCGGACCUUCAACCUCAAAACCACCUGGCUCUUUUUUAUUAACAUCCGGAUCUCCCACGUCAUUGUCCAAAACUCCUUCUGUUGGCAAUAAACCUUGUGACCCAGGACCCGCAUCCCAGCGUCAGACAUUGUACACUCCUCCAGCUGUUGACUCUAGUCUUUCCACUGCUUCUGCAGCAUCGUCCCCACCAGAAGGGGUGAAUUUACCUUCCCUAGCAGCCCAGGAAAGUCCUACAGUCCGACCUCUGUCUACCCUACCUCUUCUAACCACUCAAGCCUCCAGGACUGCACCUGUGUCCGCCCCUCCUGCCUUGGUGUCUGUGCCUCCUGCAAUGGGUACAUCUUCUGGAGUGGUCCAAAGUUCUGAGUCUGGGCAGCAUCCUUCUAACUCCACUCCUCCCUGUACUCCAAAACAGUCGUCUCUCAAGCCAGAGCACCAUGGUCAUAGUGAGGACAGGAAAAAAAUUGGAACACCAGAAGAAUUCCUCCCUCAGCUUGAUUCGGGCACAAUAAAGAAACAACAGAACAUAAAAGCUACUGAGACUCAGAAAUCAGAAAUUGGCACACACAAGUCCUUCAUUGAUCUUCCUGGAAAACCUUCGGAGACCACAGUGGCUCCCGAUUGGAAGACGGAGUGUGAAAAGCAACACAUGCAGAGCCAUGUCAGUGACAUUGGUGAGGCAGAGGACUCCAUGAUGGAGCAAACUCCACUUAGAGAGUCCCCACACCUCCACAGCACUAGAGCAGAACAUCUGACCGAUGAAGAAAGUUUUGAUAACUCUUCAUGUACUGCCUCUAGAAUUGAUGCCAGCUCUUUCUUGGAAAAGACUUCUCUCUUAGACGGUGACAGCUCAUGUGUAGAUGACUACGAUCACUUUGACAGCAGCUUUGACCUGAGAAAAGGCACUUCUCAGUUUGACAGUACUUCGAAAACAGAAGAGGAACCAUCUACUGCGUUUGACACAACUAGAGACAGCUGUUCCUCUGUGGACGACUCCAGAGAUGACACAUUGGAUUCCACCAGGGAAGGAGAAACCUCUGAGGCAGAAGAGACCAAGGACAGUUGCCAAAUCACUGGAGAAUCCAUGCUGGAGUCUUCUCUAAACAAUACUUCUCAGAUGGAAGAGCCUCCUGUUGACUCAAGUGACGCGUCUCUCUCGCACUCAUUUGUGCCAUCUCAGCCAAGUCAUCAAGGGCCUGAAGCAGAGUGGGGACCCAGAGGACAUGAUACACCAGACUCAGUUGGACGCAUUAGCAUGAAGACCACUGUUAAUGAGACAAUGACUCCCCCAAGUUUCAAGAUGAAAGAUGAGAACUUCAUCGCCUUCAGCACCCCAGCAGAGAGCCCUGCUGUACACCCUCUCCAACCAGUCACUGAUCAGAUUGUGUCAGCUUCUGGAGGACAUGUGAAAACCCCAGGGAAACCACGUAAACCUCAAGCUCCAAAGGCAAUAUGGACAAGAACCCCAGCUCCUGAAGGGACCAAAAGGAAGCCUCGGGCUCGAGCCCCUAAAGUGGAGAAGAUAAAGACCGAUGGAGAAGACAACAAAGAACCGGUAGCGAAGGGCAGAAAGAGGAAGAAGUCUCUCAAGGUGGACGUCAAAGAAGCAUCAGAUGUAUGUGGAGAGGCUGGGCCUCCCACAGAAGAGGUGGAUCCAAUCACAGCCACAAUUAAUGCCGUUCUUGCCAAUGCAUCAACCAUCAGCACAGCUGUCGUCAAACCGAAGAAAAUGAAAAGGGCCAAGAAACAAGACCAGGAUGGCAGUGUGGUAAAAACACCUAAACAAAAUGCAGAUGAUGUUGAAGACAACGAUGACGACAGCUCCACUGCAGGUGAAUCUAACAAGCGAAGGGUUGCAACGGAAGACCAGGUUCAGUUCCCUCUGCGGCAUGGUUGGAGGAGGGAGAUUCGUGUGAAGAAAAUGGAGAAUCGCAUGAAAGGUGAAACCUGGUAUUACACACCUUGUGGAAGGAGGAUGAAGCAGUUCCCAGAAAUAAUCAAGUACUUGAAGAAACACCAGGACAGCGUGGUUACCAGAGAACACUUCAGCUUCAGUCCACGAAUGCCUGUCGGAGAUUUCUAUGAGGAGAGAGAAACUCCAGAGGGUAUGAAGUGGUCCCUCUUGGCCAAUGAAGAGGUUCCCUCUAUGAUCAUGGCCAUCACUGGUCGUCGAGGUCGACCACCAAACCCUGAUAAAGAGAAACCCCGCAGGGUUCGUGGCAUAAGGGGAGGGCAGGCCCGCCGCCCUGGUAGACCUCCCAAACCUAAGAUGAUUGACCUCCUGAGCAAAGUUGACGCCAAGCUGUUGAAGCGACUUGAGGCCAAGGAAGCUCUCACUGAGGAAGAAAAGGAGAAACUUGCAAAAAUUAAGAAGAAAAUGAAGAGAAAGGCAAGAAUGAAGAGAAAGGAGGAUGCAAAGGUCAAGAAGAUGAAAGAGGAGAAAAAGAAAGCGAAGCUCGAGCAAGAGGCCAAGGGCCUUGAGUUGAAGGCUGAAUCAACAGACCCGAAUGCUCCUCAGGCAUCAGAGUCUGCUCCAGAGCCCAAGAAGCCUGGCCGCAGGAGGUCAGUGAAGGUUGAGGCUGCUCCACUGGUACAGCAGACAGAUGAAGAGAGGAUAGCACAAGGUAAGCGGGUGCUUGGCGCUCGGAGUAAAGCCAAGGCUCUGGCUAAAGCUCAGGCUGAGGCUGAGGCUGCAGCUCAAGCUGCUCUGGCAGCCAAGAGGACAGCGGAGAGGAGAGCGCAGGCCCAGAGACGCCUGGAGGAACGCAAGAGGCAGCAGCUGAUCACAGAAGAGCUGAAGAAGCCCACGGAGGACAUGUGUCUCACUGACCACAAACCCCUGCCAGAGCUGUCUCGUAUCCCUGGUGUGGUUCUGUCAGGCACAGCCUUUGCACACUGCCUGGCUGUGGUUGAAUUCCUUCAUGGUUAUGGAAAGGUGAUUGGUCUCAAUGUACCCAAGGACAUCCCCAGCCUUGCUUCCCUGCAGGAGGGCCUGCUAGGCCUGGGCGACAGCCAAGGAGAGGUCCAGGACCUACUCAUAAAGCUGAUGGAGAUUGCACUCCAUGAUCCAGGCCUACCGUCAUAUUAUCAGUCAGUAAAGAUCCUUGGGGACAAGCUGGUUGAGUUAGAUCUGACCCGCAGCACAGUUUCAGAAGUUCUUCGCAUCUUUUUGGAAUCUUAUGGUUAUGAUACAGAGGUGUGCAACACAUUGAGGACCAAAACAUUUCAUGCCCUGCCUCCCGACACUAAGGCAUCCAUCCUGGCUUUCGUGGUGGAGGAGCUUAAUGGCAGCAAUGUUGUAACAAGUGACAUUGACAACACAUUGGAGAACAUGGCAACCUACAGGAAGAAUAAGUGGAUCAUUGAGGGGAAAUUGCGCAAACUGAAGGUGGCACUAGCGCGUCGCACAGGACGAUCGGAGGAAGAGCUGUGUUUUGAGGAGAGGAGGCGCAGUGCCAGAGUGGCAGAGGAAGAGAACAUCAGUCUGGAGGAGAGUGUAGUCUUGGAGAGAGGAAACCGCCGUGCACGCAAAGAAGAGCCAAAACUCAGUGAUACUGAGAGCCCUACAAAUGCCAGCAUUCCAGAGCUUGAAAGGCAGAUAGAUAAGCUAACCAAGCGCCAAGCGUUUUUCCGUAAAAAGCUGCUACAGUCGUCUCAUUCCAUGCGAGCCAUAUUGCUUGGCCAGGACCGUUACCGGCGCAGAUACUUGGCCCUACCUCACCUGGGAGGAGUUUUAGUCGAGGGCCCAGAGGAGCUCUUGACUUCAGGAGACGUUCUUGUAGCUGAGGUGCCUGUCACCUUCCUCAAAAAGGAGCCCAAAAUUGAGGAGGCCCCCAUGCCCACCUCUCCCCCUCCCACUCUACCUUCCUCCCCUUCCUCUGCUACUCCUGGCCAAGCCCAGAGUUUGUCUGCAGAUGAGGACCCCCUCCCUGGUACAGCUUCCCUCAUGAGCCGGCAAAGAGGACGAGGGCGGCCCCGAAAAAUCAAACCAGAAGUGGAGCUCCACCUCCGUCAAGCAAAGAUUCGCCGCCGGCGCCGAAGUAGCGUCAGGUCCGGGGGUGAAGAUGGGCCAGGAUCACCGACCAGUGGCGCACAUGACCUCACACAGGCUGCUUUCCAGAGCUGGCUCAGCCAUUCGCAGGAAGCAGUGACCAACGGCACAUGCUCAUCCACAGGGGAGGCUCCAGAGGGUAAUCGACCAGAGGAGAGUGUGAAAGAGAUGGCAGAGAAGCAGGGACAGUGGUUCAACCUGCUCCCCAAACAACCGUGUGAUGACAACUCUCUAACUGAGUCCCAGAUACCGAGCUCACCUCCCAAACUCCUCCCUCAGAUCCUGAGUGCUCUGCCCGCACUUGCUGCUCCACUUAUUCAGCCGGACCCACUCUUGCCUCCUGUUGGCCUGGCUCCUGUUGACCCCAUGACCUCAGCAACACCGCAGGACAUCUCCGCUAUACCCCUGGCUUCUGCUGUUCCUGCUGGUGCCCCACAACCUCCCCCUCUUGCUCCUCCUCUUCUUCUUCCAGGUCCCAUUCCUCCUGCAGCACCCACUCCGACCCCCCCCACCAGGCCAGGUCGCAGGCGGAGAAGAGGUAGCAGAGGCAGCAGUCCUGCCCGCAGAGGACCACGAGGGGCCGCAGCCAAGCGCCGAGGCCGCCCUCCCAACUCUGUGUUCCAGGAACUCGAGCAGCAGUACUUCACACAGCUGGUGGUCAAGCCCAUCCCAGCAUCAAUGGUGCGUGGCUGGUGGUGGAUCAAGGAUCCAGAGGAGCUGUAUCGCACCUUACAGAGUCUCCAUCCAAGAGGCAUCAGGGAGAGGGUGCUUCAUAAACAUUUGGCCAAACACAUGGAGAGCUUAGCUGAGAUGUGCACCAAAACUAUCAACGACCCUCUGUUUGAGUUGAAGGUGGAACAGAAGGACGUGCUGCUGGAGGCUCUGCAGCAGCCUUGGCAGGUGCAGGAGAAAGCAAUGGAGACUGACAUCAGCUCCCUGCAGUGGGUGGAAGAGUUAGAGCAGCGGGUCAUUGCUUCUGACCUCCUUCUGAAGGCUUCUCCUCAGAGUGCGUUGAAUGAUGCUGAGUCUAACGCAGGGACUCCAAUGCCAGAAUUUCAGCCCUACACAAUCCCAGAUCCAGACUCCACACGUGAUGACCUCCAGUACUACGAACAUGAAGCUGACCCACGUGACGACUGGAUUGUGCGAACAAAGAAGGAGUGGUCCGGCCUGCCGCGUAUCGCCACACACCCGCUAGACCUGGGUGUUCUGCGGCUGGCAAACAUCGAGCGAAAUAUAGAGAGACGCUACCUGAAGGAGCCCCUCUGGAACCCAGCUGAAGUGAUGCGCCUCGCUCCUCUCACCCCCUCGCCAGGAGAAGAGCAUCCCAUGGAUGUCAUCAGCCUGGAAAGUGAGAUCACCUCUCGACUACGAACAUGGCGUCAGGCUCUAGAUCGCGUUCGCAGUGCUCCUCAGCUCUGUCUGUGUUUAAUUCAGCUGGAGAAGGCUAUUGCCUGGGAAAGAUCAGUUACUAAAGUGACUUGCCAGGUUUGUAGGAAAGGAGACAAUGACGAGUGCCUGUUGUUGUGUGACGGCUGUGAUCGUGGUUGCCACAUGUACUGCCUGAGGCCCAAAAUCACCCAGGUGCCAGAAGGGGACUGGUUUUGUCCGACCUGCGUUGCCGAGAAUGACUGUGAUUCACCGCGUUCGUGCAAAAAACGGACCAGGGUGAAAAAAAGGAGAUACGAAGACGACAGCUCUGAAGAUGACACCACCACCACCACGACAACAACGCGACGUAGUUCUGGCAUGGCAACACGGCACAAGGAGACUCCGGCGCCCUCCUCUUCCUCUCGUCACUCUGGGGAAGGAGCAGCCGCUGCUAAACGUCGGCGCAUGACCACCCGCAACCAGCCGGACCUCACCUUCUGCGAGAUCAUUCUCAUGGAGAUGGAGGCUCAUGCAGAUGCCUGGCCAUUCCUUGAACCCGUCAACCCCCGACUGGUGCCAGGCUACCGCCGCAUCAUCAAGAACCCAAUGGACUUCCUCACCAUGAGAGAAAGGCUGCUACAGGGAGGGUACUGCAGCUGUGAGGAGUUUGCGGCAGAUGCUCAGCUGGUCUUCAACAACUGUGAGCAGUUCAAUGAGGACACGUCAGAGGUGGGAAUGGCUGGACACUCAAUGAGGCGCUUCUUUGAGAGCCGCUGGGCGGAGUUCUACUCAAACAGGGACAAAUAGGAGCCUAUGACGUUCCCGCUGAUGGCAGGACUGUAGACUGUUGGUGCUUUCACCGUCCCAGUCACACACUCCAUUUACUGCGAAGACUGUCUGGAGGUUCUUCCACCUCUGUGUAUUCUCUCAUGUAUAGGUAUAUAUGUAUAGAUUUGGCUAUUUGUCUGUUAUUGUUUUCUCAACUGGCCUGAUCUUUUCGAGGCCCGCAGCUGAACUGUCUUGAACUUGUACUCAUUCCCCAUCAAAGAGAGUGACAGCACGUCUCUGUUCACCUCCUUUCGUGUCUCUUCAUCUUCACCUCAGCACCUCAUCUCCUAUUUGCGUUCUCCUGUCACGUCGUCACACGAGCCCCAUGUUGUAGCGAGGCCUUUGGUCAACGAUGACACGUCUCAGGCCCUGAGUAUUUUCGCUGUCAGACUCAUACCGAAGGUCAGGGACUGAUCACACUAAUGCAGCCUAACUGCUGCAUACUGGACCUGCUUAGCACCCCUCCACGACAAAAUGGAUCAAAACUCUUCACAGAGCUUGGGCCAUUUCUUACCUGUUCAAUGGAAAUGUAAUGUAAUGUGGUCUUAUGCCUAGAAGUUUUUUUGCUCAAUAUAUUUUUAUUAUAUAUUCUAUAUAUAAAUAUAUAUAAAGAUUACAAUAGCUGGGAUUAUUUAAUAGCAAUAGCUUGUAGUGAAUGUGUACAGAUUACCUUAUAGAGAUGUCUAGACGAUUUAUGAAAAGGCCAGUUAAACUAAAAGGAAUCUGUUCAUGGACUGUCACGAGUAGACGUUGUAUAACCUCCACUUAAAGUCUUGCACGCACACAUAACACAGUUUUUAUCCACAUACAACACAUAGACACACACACACCAACAAAAACAAACAUGCACACAAAUUUCACACACACCCACCUUCUGCUGCUGUGUGAAAGACACUGGUUUCUGAAACUGGAGGAUUUUUUAAUGUUGGUCAGUCAGUCUCGGCUUCGACUCUUCUAUUUCACUGUCCCUCCUGUUGAGAAUAAUUAAGCGUCGCGUUACACCUGAUCUGUGUAACCGACUUGAACGGACGCUACAGCAGUUGUAGCACCCACUGAUUUGUUAAAUAGUCUGUUUUUAGAGAACACACACAGCUCACUCUUAUACUGUAAUUGUAAUCGCCACGACUGACACAGUAAAGUCUGCAGCUUCCAGCCAACAAUUGACCAACUCAUCUGUGUUUUUAAAGAAAUGACUCUUCUGUUUGUAGUUAGUCUGACUUGGUGAAAACAUCUAAAGGUGGUUAUGUAGGAGGCUAAAAUCCUCCUUAAUUUUUAACGAUAGAACUGCAAAGGAGCUCUGAUGUGUGAAUUCUGGGCACAUUCCCGCCUGGUUUUCUGUCUUACAUUCCUUUUAAUCGAUUUAUAUAUAUUUUUUGUGCUGUACGAGGGCCAAUGUACAAUGUUGCACGGCAUGGUUGGUCUGCUAUGAAGGCGACAGGAUGACUCCACAGUCCGGGUUUUAUUUAAACUUGUUUCUUACACUGAACUCAAAUCCGUUGAUAGGAAAAUACACUUUGUUGUUCCUUAAUGACACUUAAAGGGACAAGACGUUUUUUCAAAAAAGAAAAAAAAAAAAAGACAUGAAAACCAAACGUGGUGUUAAGUGAAUUUUUAAUAAUGUACAGUUUUGGUGACUUUAAAUUUUGUUCCUUUAUAUUUUUAGGACCAAUUCAUCAUUUUUAAGAGGAGGUAUUACAAGACUCUGUUGUAUUAAGGUGAUGUAACACGUGUGCAUCUGUAGAAUGUACUGUGAGUUGAAUAAAAACCACAUCUAGUAGA